AUGUAGCAACAUUAUCCUUAACAAGUUAUACCAUAAACAUAUCAUUAACCCUAGAGAAAUGCUUCUAAUUCUCCUCUUUAAAGAGUUGUUCCUCCUCAACCUUUAACUCCCACCAAUAACUAACCUAAACGAUAAUAUGAAUAAGGUGAUAUAGACAACCAUUAUUCAGCAGAUAUGAGACUUAAAAAUAGAUAAUCUAGUAAUCUUCCUAAUGGAUAAUCUUAUGAAAAUAUGGCAUUAAGAGUAUAAACUUUAGAAAGAGAGAAUUAGAGUCUCAAAAAAUAACUUGAAUAUGCUAAUAAUCAAAUUCAAAACUUAACCCAUAAACUUAAUCAACAUCCAACUUAGACUUUACUUAAAACAACUACGUUCGAACUUGUCGUUCUUUAAAAAGCAGUAGAAUAAUUAGAAGGUUUGAAGAUCGUAUUAGCAAAAAAAAAGUUGUAAGGAAGUAAUAAUUAAACUGCACUUCCUGAGUCUUGUAAAGAUGUGACUAGUGAAUUUAAGAGUAAAAUAACAUUAGUAGAAGAUAAAGCUAUUCAAUCAUUUUAAUAAUCUUAGGUAUAUAUAUUAAUUUUAUUCAUCAAAGGCUAAGCUAUUAUUCCCAAAGGAAUAAUCAAUCUAAAAUUUAUAAUCUAAUCCAUCCUUUAAAGAAGAAGCUAAGGAACAACCAAGAUCUGGGAGAAGAAUAUAAGCAAAUACUUAAUCUGAUUAAGUUGAAGACAGAAUUAAAACUAGUCCAAUAAAAUAUCUAAAUGUCAAAGCUAGUGGCAAUUAGAUGUCUUUAAGAAUAUCCCCUAAAGGAAGAUCAGAAAUAUCAUAACACUGA